GGCUAACACUCUGCCCUCCUGGACCUCAUGCUUUUUUGCUGGUCCUACCAGGACCUUUCACAGCUCAACAGUAGAGGGCGCUAGAGGACCACAUGGUCUUGUUUGGCGAGGAUGUUUGGAAAUUCACUCUGGUGUUGUUUACCUAUGGUGACCAGCUGGGGGACCAGGCCAUCAAAGAGCACAUCAUGGUGGAGCGCCCCGUCCUGCAGAAGCUGGUGGAGAGAUGUGGCAACAGGUACCACGUCCUCGAUAACAAGAGCAAGAGUGAAAGCAACCAGGUCCCCAAGCUGCUGGAGAGGAUUAAGGAGAUGGUGGCCAUUAACGAAGGCAAGCACUACAUCCCAAACAUGACUGAGUUCAGCCAGAGGGUAGAGAGAGAAAUUAGUGUCUGUCUGGAGGAAAAAUGGAAGAAACGAGAGGCAGAGAUAUAUGAUGAGUUCAAAGAUUACCUGUCCAAGCUGAUGAUGGAUCUGAGAGGACAAGAAGGAUCUGGACCUGAAACAUCUGACACAAGCCUCCAACCCAAACCUGCAAAACAAGAUGCUUGGUGGAAACCCAAGGUUUUCUUCUCACUUAUCAACCAGAGCAAGAGGACUGAGAAGGUUGAGAAGAAGAUCUGUGAGAAACUAAAGAGCAUGGAGGCAGACCUGAAAUCCAACAUCCCAGAUUCCAAGAUGAGGAACAGUUUUGACUAUAUAGGGCCAAGCAUGAGUGACAGGGCACCCAAGGAAAAGUUUGAUGAGGUGUUGGCCUGGAUGUCCACAAUGAAGAUUGAAAAUGAAGAUCCCCCUACCUUCAACUACUCACAGGCCACGUCAGGAUACCAAUCCAACAUCUCAGAUGUAUUCUCAAGAGGUGAGAUUGAAGAGUUCAAAGAUUACUUGUCUAGACUGCUGAGGGAUCUGGAAGAAGUAGAAGUACCUGGACUUGACACAUCUGACAUGAGCCUCCAACCCGAACCUGCAAAACAAGGUCUUCGGCGUAAAGUCAGGAGUGAGAAAAUUGAAGAGAUGAAGAAGAAUAUCAUUGAGAAAAUAGACAGCCUAGAGACAGAGCUGCAGAAUGUUUCUGAUUCCAAUUGAAUGCCAGUUUGGAGUUACUAUUCCUGAGGAGUAAGUCCUAGACUGAUAAUACAACUUCCAUCACUGCUGUUAUUGUUUUCCUCAACGUUGACAUCACCUUCCAUUGUUAUGGAGUU